UUCGACGCGACAACUACUCUCGACAAGCCUUCAGAUACUUCUUCAACUACCAGUAUCUCAGAAAAAGGUUAUGCACUCUCAAGGUUUCUCCUACCUUCAUAUUUCAUGCUCUUGAUUCUUGCUUGGCUGGCCAUAGCAGCAAGCGAGCUCCGAAUGAAGGGGAGUGUUGUGGUAAAUGAAGUUUCGCAUUCCUGCAAGUUCCGUUUUCAGUCCUGCCACAAUCCAUUUUUCGAGACCUGAUCGGAUCUCGCCACACAUCCAACCUAGCGCGAGCGUCGUCUUUGCAAUGGCGACUGCCACGGUUAGCCCGCUUUUGGCGCGCACGCCAGCGGCCCUCGCGAGCAGGUCCGCGUCCUCGCCGCGAAGCGGCCUCAGAGCCGCACCGUUCCGUCCGCACCAGCGAGAUCUCUCACGGCGCCUCGUGCAAUCACGUGGAGCAACCAGAUGCGCUGUUGCUGACGUGGCUAGAACCGAGGACGAGCAGAGCAAGGGUCAGCUGGAUGGCGAUCUGCCACAGGGCGAUCAGUCGGCGCAGUUGACGGCGGAUCUGGCGGGCAACGGGUGGCGCAGCACGCGGCGCACGAAGCUGGUGUGCACCAUCGGGCCCGCGUGCAGCGGGUUCGAGCAGAUCGCGGCGCUGGCGGAGGGCGGCAUGAACGUGGCGCGCAUCAACAUGUGCCACGGCACGCACCAGUGGCACCGGCAGGUGAUAGCGGACAUCCGCCGGCUGAACGCGGAGCGCGGCUACAGCGUGGCAGUGAUGAUGGACACCGAGGGCAGCGAGAUCCACAUGAGCGACCUCAGGGGCGCCCCCUCCGCCAAAAUCCAGGAGGGCGACGUGUGGACGUUCACGGUGCGUCAAUUCCCCGAGGCCGUGGCGCUGCCGCCGCACACCGUGCAGGUCAACUACGAUGGCUUCGUCGACGACGUGCGCGAGGGCGAUGAGGUGGUGGUGGACGGGGGCAUGGCGCGGCUGCAGGUGACGGCGCGCAUGGGGCCCGACGUGGUGUGCAGCGUGGUGGACCCCGGGCUGCUGCUGCCGCGCGCCAACCUCACCCUCUUCCGCAAGGGGCAGCUCGUGCGCGCCACCAACUCCAUGCUGCCCACCAUCUCGUCCAAGGACUGGAUUGACAUCGACUUUGGCAUCACGGAGGGGGUGGACUUCAUCGCCAUCUCCUUCGUGCGCUCGCCCGAGGUCAUCACGCACCUGCGCAGCUACGUCAAUGCGCGCUCGCCCACCAGGCCCAUCGCGCUGAUCGCCAAGAUCGAGAGCUGCGACGCGGUCGGGCGGCUGGAGGAGAUCAUAGCGGCGUCGGACGGGGCGAUGGUGGCGCGCGGCGACCUGGGCGCGCAGAUCCCGCUGGAGGAGGUGCCGGGCGUGCAGCAGGAGAUGGUGGACAUCUGCCGCGACCUCAACAAGCCCGUCAUCGUCGCCUCGCACCUCCUCGAGUCCAUGAUCGAGUUUCCCAUCCCCACGCGCGCUGAGGUGGCGGACGUGGCGGAGGCGGUGCACCAGCAGGCGGACGCCCUGAUGCUGUCGGGGGAGUCGGCCAUGGGGCAGUUCCCCCUCAAGGCGCUCGAUGUGCUGCGCACCGUCGCGCUGCGCUUCGAGGCCAUCGAGGAGGGGCAGGGGGCGUAUGAAGGGGGCGCGGGCGCGGCGGUGAGGGAGGGGCGUGCGGCGGUGGAGCGCGUGGCGCAGCUGCCGGAGCUGUCGGAGGCGCUGAGGGACCGCAUGUCCGAACAGAUCUGCGCGGCUGCCGCCCAGAUGGCCAUGCGUCUGGGGGCAAAAGCGAUAAUCGCCUUCACCCAGAGGGGCUACAUGGCCUCGCUGCUCUCCCGCUGCCGCCCCAACUGCCCCAUCUUCGCCGUCACGCCCUCCCAGGCGGUGCGGCAGCACAUGAGUGUGUACUGGGGGCUUGUGCCGUUCCGCCUGGACCUGUCGGAGGAUGCGGAGGACAACAUGAGGCGCGCCUUCAAUGUGCUCAAGGCACGGGAGCUGGUGGCGCCGGGGGAUCUCAUCAUCGCCGUGUCGGAUGUGGCAGGCGGCAAGGAGGCGGUGGGAGCCCGGCAGAGCGUGCAGGUCAGGAAGGUGCUGUGAAGGAGAACACGCUGGGGUGCUUCUCUGAAGCAUUCUGCCCCGCGUCCCGCAAUGGCUGGUGCAGGGAGAGUAGCAACACUCACUGCGAUGGUGGGAGCUACAUGUCCAUCUCAAACAUUGGCAUGGAAUAUUUAGUGAGACACUGUCGGCUCAAGGCUGACGGUACAAUGGCCACCGUCCAGCUGCUUGCUUUCUUGCUGUGCUAGUGUUGUGUAUCUCUGUAUAUUGUUAAUGGAGUAAAUAAUAUUUUGCUGCUUAGCAGAACACUUUAGGGUAGAUAUUUAUAGCGGUAG